AUGUGGAUUCCUCAAAAUGCCGUUCACAAGUUGAAGAUUGCUCUUCAUCUUCUCCAAGCAAUCCUUACUUUCAUCACAGGAUGCAUGACGCUGGCGAUUUUGACGGAGAAAGGAAAUCACGAUAGUCGCGUACAAUGGUGUUUUGCUUUAUGUUUUCUUACAAUGCCUGCUUUAAUGUAUCAGGUCAUAGUUCCUUGCUGGACAAGGCUAUGGCGCCUGGCUAAUCCCUACAUCUUCAUCGCAAUCGACUCUGUAUUUACUAUUUUCUGGAUAUCGGCGUUCGCGUCAACAUGUGCCUGGACAGCGAAAGGCAUGCAACAAGGAGCUGCUGACAAGAAGCUAAGCGCAAGUUCUGCAUCUUGUUCGACUUUUGCAUUUGGGUCAACAUCAAUCUGCAACCUAGCGAAAGCCGCGACGGGCCUCGGAGUAACACUCUGCAUUCUCUUUUUGGCUGCAGCAGUCAUCUCCGGAAUCGAUGCGUUCAAGUUCUGGAGGUCAGGGAUCGUACGCACACAACCAGAAAUCUAUGGCCAGACGCCUUCUCGCGCUUCGUCACCGGAUGGCAAGGACGAAUGGUCGAUCAGCACAGAUGAUCUCCACGGCGCAAAGUAUGCUUCUGAUACCUACCAAGGUUGGGCACAAGAUCAUCAACCAGCUUUCGUGGAAUCAGACACGAUGGAGGGACGUCACCCUGGACGACACGUCAGCUGCGCCAGUGCGAAGACGAUACCUUAUGAGAGAGACCUGACUCCCAGCGCCAUGAGCCCCACAGUAACAGAGGACCGAUACACGGGUAUCUUCCCACCAUCAACGCCAAACUACAGCUUCUCGAAGGAAUAG